AUGAUCUGCCCCUUUGCCAAAGCUUGGCAUCAGAUACUGACUAAGACAGGCGAGACAUUAACUUCGCAGUCGACUCUGACCAUGCUGUCUAGCUGCAAGGACUACCCUCUCUUCGAUGUGGAGGCCAUGGCAAAAAUGACGGACGUCGAGCUCAUGGAAAAGUACGGCAGUGGAGACAACGCACGCCUAGGCGUUAUGGACGUCUUUCGGAUACUGCUUCCCCCAAGAAUGCUGUGGGUCAUUGGCAUCACCGGCUACUUUGUUUUCCGAUACUACGAGGCUCACUGCCAGAGACAUGGAGCCUCCUUCCUCUACGUGCCGCGGCCGCUUCAUCUCCCGAAGUCGCAGGCAUUCUCCCUGCUUAAUGCUUUCUUCCCGGGCAUGUUCCCCGUGGACGUGGAGGAUGCA